GUUUGGUAGGGAUUAUCAAUUGUGGGAUAUGUCAUGCUUGAAACAUAAGCAAGCACAUCUAAAAAGUCCCAAAUCCAAAACCAACAAAAUAAUCUCCACAUCAAUCUUCCAAAACCCUAAUGGCGACCUCAGCGGCGGCGAAUUUGGAGGAUGUUCCGUCGGUAGAUCUUAUGACGGAGCUUCUCCGUCGUAUGAAAUGCUCUUCAAAACCUGACAAACGCCUCAUUCUCGUUGGACCCCCUGGAUCGGGAAAAGGCACCCAGUCACCGAUUAUCAAAGAUGAGUACUGUUUGUGCCACUUGGCUACUGGUGAUAUGCUACGAGCCGCUGUUGCUGCUAAAACUCCUCUCGGAAUCAAAGCAAAAGAAGCUAUGGACAAUGGACAACUUGUUUCUGAUGACUUAGUUGUUGGAAUAAUUGAUGAAGCACUGAAGAAGCCUUCAUGUCAAAAAGGCUUCAUUCUUGACGGAUUUCCGAGAACAGUUGUCCAGGCAGAAAAGCUUGAUGAGAUGCUUGCAAGGAGAGGGGUAAAAGUUGACAAAGUGCUAAACUUUGCAAUCGAUGAUGCGAUCUUGGAGGAAAGGAUUACUGGCCGUUGGAUCCAUCCUUCUAGUGGUCGAAGUUACCACUCUAAAUUUGCGCCCCCUAAAGUUCCCGGCAAAGAUGAUGUUACUGGAGAACCGUUGAUUCAACGUAAAGAUGACACUGCAGCUGUUCUCAAGUCACGACUGGAAGCAUUCCAUAAACAAACUGAACCGGUUAUUGAUUACUACAGCAAGAAGAAUAUUGUUGCAAAUCUUCAUGCAGAAAAACCACCACAAGAAGUUACAACCGAGGUCCAAAAGGUGCUCGCUUGAGACCCCAUUAUCAGUUUAGUGUUGGCAGUCGGAUCGAAAGUUUGCAGAUUUGAGUCUUUUCCUGUUUUGCCCUUGGUUUUUGUUUAAAAUUGAACUCAUAUAUGUUGUAUCAACGACAUCUAGGAUUUAGCGUCACCUUCAGUUUUACUCCUGUUUGAUUGAGUCCACAAAUAAAAGACAAUAGAUGCAAAAUUGCUUGUUGCAGAAACUGCUCUUCUUGUUCAUUUUUUCCAGUAAUGGUUUAAGAAUACAUUUUGAGGAUAUGGUAAA